AUGGCCGAUGACCUGGGUUGGGGUGAGGUUGGCCUUUAUCCAGCAAAUUCAUCUCACGGCCGAAUUGCUACGCCACACUUGGACCAAUUUGGCCGGGAAGGAGUCAUCUUUCGACAGGCGUAUGCUGGCUACACUGUGUGUGCUCCGAGCAGAACUGCUUUCUUCACUGGCCGGCACAGCGGUAACUUUCACAAGUGGGGCCUCAACGGUGAAUCUCUGAGUCCGAGUCAGGGGCAGACUGUGUUACCGCAAGUGUUGAAACAGGUUGGUUACAGAACGGGGGCCUUUGGCAAGGUUGCGCCCUUGACGUCCCCAUUGGAGCAGGGAUUCGACACCUUCCUUGGACAAGUAGACCAGGCUCUCUGCCACAACAUGUAUCCAGCGCACAUUGAUUCGGGACUGGAGCAGCUGAACUUCGAGCUAUCUGGAAACCUUGGUUCAAAGUCACGGGAGCUGUGCAUGCACAGGCCCGAGAUGUACAACUACACCAUUGAUGUUUUCCAUGAUCAUGGCAUGGCUUGGCUCGAAGCUGUUGCUGACUCCGGACCUUUCUUUCUGUACAUGAGCUACACCAUACCACAUGCAGGGGGUUGGGGCGAUGCUCCGAAGUCUCCGGAGUCGGGAAAUCCUGUGCCCUGCGAUCUGCAGUAUGCCUCCAAAAAGUGGCCAGAUGUAGAGAAGGACCAUGCUGCAGUGAUUACUUAUCUCGACAGCAAGGUUGGAGAUCUCCUUUCGCGGUUGAAAUCUCUGAAUAUUGACCGGAACACCUUGGUGUUCUUUGCUUCUGACAACGGUGCACACUCAGAAGGAGGUCAUGACCAUCAAUUCUUUAACUCUACAGGUGGUCUUCGAGGCUACAAGAGGAGCAUGUUCGAGGGUGGUGUGCGCUCCCCGACCAUGGUCCGCUGGCCAGAGCGCAUUGCUCCUGGUCGCAUUUCAGAUUUUGCGUGGGCAUUUUGGGACGUACUGCCCACAAUCGCAGAGAUAGCUGGUGUAAGCAUUCCGGGUGGCCUGGACGGUAUCAGCAUUCUGCCGGAGCUGAAAGGAUUGCCUCAAAAGGAGCAUGACUACCUGUACUUCACAUGGAUUGGCGAUGGUCCUGAUGGAAAAGGAGGCAUGACAAAUGCCCCACAGCCCGGCAUCCAUGGCUUGGCAACUGGUGGUCUUGCUGAUGGAUACAACGGAAGUCCUCCCUCUGAGCAGGUCAGCAACCGGGAAGCCAGGAAUAUUGCCCGAAAGGCGACAGCUAAUUACUUGUUGAGCAUCAGCGAGGAUGCCUGCUUUGUUUCACACUCGCGAGCCAGCCUACACCUUGAUGACUGGCCUCUUCUGACGAACUUGCGCGCUGGCGCAUGGUAUGUGCCCACAGACUCCGUCGAUGCCACCUGCUACUUCAAGUCAAUGGAUGGCCACAGGAAUCAGUGGGACUUCAGUCUCGCGCGGUUAAACUUGCACGUGGCACAUAUGGCAGCAGGGAGCGAAGGAGUGAUCCUCGUCGACUGCACCGGAAAUCGCAGGAAAACGUUUCCAGACUCACUGUCCAAAACAGUGCCGAUCUGGAGCGCCGUUCUGCAAACGCUGGCAGCAAUUCUGCAGGCGCCAGGCAAAACUGCUGAGGAUUUCACCGAUCGCUUUCUGUAUCUGCACACUGCGCAGGCCGAGCGGGCUGAGAUCAAGCAGCUGCUGCCGGAGUGGGACUUGGACGAGCGCCGGAAGGAGCUCGAAGCCCUGCGAAGUAAUCACAUCAUCAUCUUGUGCGUUUCAGCUUCGAAGGCCGUGUCGGGGAGCAGAAGUUACAUUCAGGGAGCUGGCGAUGAUGAGGAGGCUUGGGCCCAACAGCUUCGCCUCACUCCACAGAAAUUCUGGCGCCACGCUGAGGUGCUCCUUGAAGUGGCACGCAGCAGACCCGAGGAGGUGGAUCCGGUGGCGCUGGCGCUAGACGACCCGAAGGAUGCGGAGGCCAAACCCAUCGAGGUGCCUGUGGAUGAGCUGGCCUUGUCCUUCAUUGGCAACACGGGAAUUGUGGUCAGCGACUUCGCUUCGGCAGCUCCUCCGGCCGUAUGGGAUUUGGUGGAUGCUGUCCUCAACUGCGGAGGUGAGGAGCAUCCCGGAAUGAAAGGUGAUCCGCGCUACCUGCACUUGCCAGCAGCCGAUGAGAAGAAGCACGAUCCCACGAAGAACUGGUGGCAAGAGGUGCUGCUACCUCGUGCACUUCGCUUCAUCAUGAGGUGCUGA